AUGAUGGAGAGAGCCAAUCACAUCAACAUUGCAAUGAUAGAAGAUAUCAGCACCAACGGGACGGCCCCAGCUGAGGACCACAACCAGCAGCUGUGUGGCUCCACCGUCAGCUUCCACAACAUCGAGUACAAAGUGCAGCUGAAGAGCGGCUUCUUCUGCAAAAGGAAAACCAGUCCCAACGAAAUACUGGCUGACCUCAAUGGGAUUAUGAAACCUGGCCUCAAUGCUAUUCUCGGACCGACUGGAAGUGGAAAAUCUUCAUUCUUGGAUAUUCUGGCUGCAAGAAAGGAUCCUUCAGGUCUCUCAGGAGAAGUACUCAUUGACAAAGCACCACAGCCUCCAAACUUCAAGUGCCUCUCUGGCUAUGUGGUUCAGGAAGAUGUGGUCAUGGGCACCCUGACUGUGAGGGAGAAUCUGCGUUUUUCUGCAGCACUGCGGCUGCCCAGCUCGGUGCCUCAAAGUGAGAAGGAGGCUCGUGUCAAUCACCUCAUUAAUGAACUGGGUCUCACCAAGGUGGCAGACUCCAAGGUGGGCACACAACUGACCCGGGGAAUCUCUGGAGGAGAGAGGAAGAGGACAAACAUCGGCAUGGAGCUGAUUAUUGAUCCUUCCGUUCUCUUUCUGGAUGAACCGACCACGGGACUGGACGCCAGCACUGCUAACUCUGUCCUGCUGUUGCUGAAAAGAAUGGCCGGUCAUGGAAGAACCAUAAUUAUGUCCAUCCACCAACCACGAUAUUCCAUCUACAGACUGUUUGACACUCUGACUCUGCUGGUUGGUGGUAAAAUGGUGUACCACGGACCAGCGUCAAACGCUUUGGACUACUUCGCCAACAUUGGCUAUCCCUGCGAGCCCCACAACAACCCAGCUGACUUCUUUCUGGAUGUUAUCAAUGGAGACUCCACCGCUACAACCAUGACCAAAGUGCCUUGCUCUGAAGAUAUGGACUUUGCAGAGCUCAGCGACUCCAGGCAGAGCAUUGAGGAGCGCUUGGUAGAGGAAUACAGGAACAGCAGCUACUCCAGCGACACAAGAGCUGAGCUGGACCGCAUCGUCCAGGAUAAGAAGUGUAUCUCAUGUUCAAAAUCCCGCACCAUCACCUACAACAGCUCCUUCUUCCACCAGCUACGCUGGGUUCUUAAGAGAACCUUUCAGAACCUCAUGCUGAACCCACAAACAUCUGUGGCCCAGCUGGGAGUCAACAUUUUCCUCGCCCUCAUCGUAGGAGCCAUUUUCUUCGGAGUGAAAGACGAUCAGAGUGGUGUUCAGAACAGGAUGGGUGCCCUCUUCUUCAUCACUACCAACCAGUGUUUCAGCACUGUGUCAGCAGCUGAGCUCUUCAUCAUCGAGAGGAAACUGUUUGUGCAUGAGUACAUCAGUGGCUACUACAGAGUGUCUGUCUACUUCCUCUCUAAGAUCCUGUCUGACAUCACUCUGCGCACCAUCACCUCGGUUAUCUUCAGCUGUAUUGUCUACUUUCUGAUUGGGCUCAAAUCCACUGCUGCAGCCUUUUUCGUCUUCACGCUGACAGUGACUUUGGUGGCCUACACGGCCACAGCCAUGACCAUGGCCAUCUCAGCUGACCAGAGUGUCGUGGCUCUCGCCAACAUCCUUAUGACCAUCACCUUUGUCUUCAUGAUGAUUUUCUCAGGUCUCCUGGUGAACCUACCCAGCAUCAUGGACUGGAUGUCUUGGCUGAAGUACUUCAGCAUUCCUCGCUACGGCCUUGCAGCCUUGAAGAUCAAUGAGUUUGUGGGUUUGAAGUUCUGUGACGAGGCUGUGAUCCGAAACACCAACAUUUCGGCUACAGUGACAAACUGCAGUGUGAGCACAGUCGGCCUGACAUGUACAGGAGAGCAGUAUCUGGACUACCUGGGAAUAGAGUACACCACCUGGGGACUGUGGGAGAAUCAUGUGGCUCUGACUGUUAUGACGUUCGUAUUCCUUGUCAUCGCUUAUCUGAAACUUCGCUACAUCAAGAAAUUCACUUAA